CUGGUCAUUACUUUAGGAACUGUCGUGUCUAAUAUCGGUGUAGAUGGAACAAUAUGCUGUGCUCCAGACCAAUGGGAAGGACAUAUGUAUUUGGAUUUUAUGCAAGUGUUCAUUGACUCCAAUACGCUGUAUCUGUAUUUCAAUGGAAGUGUAAACGUAUCCUACGACUAUACCAACUCAAGAGCGUUUUUCACUAUUGUAGGGACUGAAAUUAGUCCAUUGAUCCCCAAACCGGAACCGAUCAAUAAAACCUAUAUUUUUGAUUAUAAAAAGAAUAUGCAGUAUGCCAUCAGUGGUGGCUCUUGUGAAAAAUCAAAGAUUGGUCAGAAUAUGACCAGAGAAUGUGUACAAGACAGUGGAAUAUUAAAAAGCAGUGGAAAAGUUGGAGAUGGUGUUAUCACCGAUACUUAUAUACUGACGUUAUCUGAGAGCUUCAAUAACGUACGAGGAACCAUCCAACGAGAUAGUUGUUUACCCAUACACAUGGUUUAUAUAGUGGGAUCUGACAAUCCAGAUAGUGGCAACAUUGUCAGUUUAGAUGUCUUAAGUACAGUACCUGGAAUCAAAGACCCUGCAGUAUUCACUCCUCCAUCUUCUUGUUUUAAAACGACAAGAAAAUUAUCUAACACCAAGACUCCACAACAAUUAGAGACAGUGCUGACAGAAGUAUUCCACAAAAGAAUGUUAUAUGGUUAACAUGAAGUCAUUUUUACUGUCAACAUUUAAAACAUUAAGUGUGUAAUGAGUUUCAUUUUUUUAAUAUAAAUGUUUUUAUUGUUUAGUGUAAACUAUUUAUUAUAAGAAAAAAUAUAUUUUGCUUUGGUUGCUGUGUGCUUAACCUUAAAUUUCUUGAUGUGUUUGGUUUUUCAAACUGAAAUCUUAUUAUUAUUUUAUUUUUACAUCGGAUGACCAUGAGGGCAUUCCGGUGUAUUGUUGCCACAGACAUUUCUACCCACGUGACAUUCGUUUUUGACUGAUAACCCUAUAAUUACGCGGAUAUUAUCGUGUGCAAAAAUAACAUUCCUUAUCGCUUGUUAUAUAUUAAUUUUAUCAAUAAAUAUUCAGGAAAAUAAUUUUAAAGAACAAAGAUAAAUGAUAUGAAAAUGUUUUGUCGUGAGAAAUAUAUAUAUCAAUAACAAAUCAAGAACACCGAAAAUUUGUGUUAACACAUGUGGAAGAAUAUCUCAAGAACAUUUUGUAACAAACAUGGGAAAAUAUCAAAUCUAAUCUAUUAGAAAAAACGAAUUAUUGCAGAAGAGUGUCCACCAUGCACUUGCACUGCACUAUCAUUAGAAGAGUAGAAUAGAAUGAUAUACAAAUGGAUGAAAAUUUUAUAUAACUAUUAUACAAAUAUAAAUAUAAUAUAUAACAACAAACCAGAGUAUACCAGGAACAUAUAUCAUGACAGAUAUACUGUUCCCAGAGUAUACUGAUAACAAAUAAUUAUAUCACUACAAUAUAAUAUUUAUUACGGUGAGAUUGAAUUCCCUGUCAUAUAUUCAUCAUUCACACACGAACUUGUCUCAGAAAAAAUAUAUCUAUCUACCUUAACCUCACUUUCAGGUAUAGAGAUGUGAUUUUUUUCUGAGACAAGUGCUUGUGACCAUCCACCAGAACUUGCCGUCAUCCGAUGUUCAGUACUUCAGUACUUUGAUUAGAAUUGAAAUGAUUGAUUUUAUCACUAAAACUGAUAAUGUGUUUUUUAUAAUUAAAUAAAAAAGACACUUCUUAGUUUACUACUACCUAAACUGACCUUGAUCUGGGACCUUGUGACUUCACAAUGUAAAGUGUCUUUCUCUUUUAAAAUGUAAAACGAAAGUGUCAACCAAUGAUUGGCUCAGAUCUGAAUUUUGGACCAGGAGAUAUUGUCGAGAAACUGGGGAUAAGCAACCAAAGUUUGGAUGAAUGAUUUCAAAGAUAUUAAUACUGAUUCACUCAUAGGGUCUUUGCAUCGGAAAUAAACACAUUUAUUCUAAAACCAGUUGUUGGCAUGAUACGGGUAAUAUUCUUCUUAAAAAAUACAGUUACAUUAUAGCUGCAGUGAUAUUGACCUUUGACCUGCUAGUGUGCAAUACAAGUCUUUUCCUCACUAAUAGUAAAGCUCACAAAAGUUUGGUAAAUAUUGAAUUAAUUACACUUCAUCUUUCACUUAUAUAUAUAGACCACAAAAUCAAAAGGGUCUUCAUAUUGAACCCAAGUUUGGUUGAAAACUUGAGUAAUGGUCCAAAACAAAAUGUCCAUUAACUUAUAGAAAUUCUGACAUGUAGCUGAAUGGCAUUUUGCAAGUCACAACUUAGCUAAUGGUUUGAUACAAUACAAUA